CUGAUAGAUGCUCACUUGCUCACGCACACCAUCCUUCAAUCCUGACCCGUGACUGAUCAUCUUCCAACUCUCUUCAAGAUCUUUCAUCAACCCAUGCAGAUCUCGUGACUAAUCUCUACCGGGCGAUACGAGGAACACGUCAUCUGCGCAAAGUCAUCAACGAGAACGCGGUCAGAACGAGCAUACAAUCAAGAGUUCGACGUUUGUCCCCGCAUCUAGCGACGAUGUCAGACGGCGUCUUUGCGCCGCAUCGCACAGCAACGACCUCUAUCUUGUCUGACAUCACAUCAGCUCUGGGCGGAGAUGCUACCCAAAUUCUUGCCACGGCCACCAGCUCUGGGACGGCAACCUCUACAGCGACGCUACCAGCUGCGCCAGUGCCUCCACCCGCAGAACAAGCAGAGCGAGAUUCCUCCCUGGCACUUUUCCUCGUCUUGCUCUUGCUCAUUCUCUCCUUUUGGGCCUCUUACUACCUCAAGCUGCGACGCAUUACUUCGGUGCACGAGACUUUGGUUGGUCUCUUCGCUGGAAUGCUGGUUGGCGCUGCGCUGAGGAUCGGACCGGGUGUGGAGGUGCAACGGCUGUUGAGCUUCAGCAACACGAUUAUGCUCAACGUGCUUCUACCACCAAUCAUUCUGGCUAGUGGUUAUGACUUACGGCAGGAGAGCUUCUUCCGCAAUUUUGGUACGAUCCUGACGUUCGCAUUUGCAGGAACCUUCAUCAGUGCAAUCGUGAUUGGUGUCCUGGUCUACGUUUGGUCAAUGCUGCAUCUCGAGUCCCUCUCCUUGACUCUACUGGAAUGCCUCAUCUUUGGCUCGACGCUGAGCGCCACGGAUCCGGUCACCAUUCUCGCUAUUUUCAACACCUACAAGGUCGAUCCGCAGCUGUACAGCGUCAUCUUUGGGGAAAGCAUUCUCAAUGAUGCUGUUUCCAUCGUCAUGUUCGACGUCUUGUCGACAUUUCGAGGGAAACCCAUCAGCAUAGCUUCGCUCUUUCACGGGUUUGGGCUGUUCUUGUUCACGUUCACCUUCAGCAUGGCGCUUGGCAUCAGCUUUGGGCUUGGCUGCAGCCUGAUGCUCAAGCACUCUCGCUUAAGUCUGUAUCCACAGCUAGAAAGCUGCUUGGUCGCUCUCAUUGCGUACACGAGCUAUUUCUUCAGUAAUGGCGUCGGCAUGGGAGGCAUCGUCUCUUUGCUUUUCUGCGGCAUCACGCUUAAACACUACGCUUAUCACAACAUGUCUCGGCGUACGCAAAGAGCGACGAGAUACAUUUUUCAGACUUUGUCUAGUCUUUCCGAAAAUUUCAUCUUCAUCUACCUUGGCCUCAGUCUCUUCACGCAAGACACGCUGGUGUACAAGCCGCUCUUUAUCGUCGUCACCGUAGCAGCAGUCGUAGCCUCGCGGUACUGCGCCGUGUUCCCGCUUGCAGCUCUAGUCAACGCCAUCAAGCGCGCACGCAAUCUGCGGCGAGCAAGGCGAAGCGGUGCCGGAGCUCUACGUGCUAGCAACACCGGAGACGAGCUCCCGAGAGAAUACCAAAUUAUGCUCUUCUGGGCUGGUCUGCGGGGUGCCGUUGGCUUUGCUCUUUCCGCCGGCAUCGUCGGUCAGAAUGCAGCUGCUUUGCAGACUACCGUCUUGGUCGCCGUGGUAACCACCGUCGUCGCAUUUGGGGGUACGACGCCUCAGAUGCUAGAAAUCCUCGGCAUUCGUACAGGAGUUGAGGACGACGAUGCGGAGUCUUCGGACGAAGAGUCCGAACAUGCGACCUCUCCGACAUCCGCCCGACUCGGUAUUCGGCACCGAUCAUCAGGGCGUGCUAGGAAUCGCUCUGAUACUGGAAAACGAUCUGCAGAGACUCGAGCACUGUACCAUGAUCAAUCCGGUGACUAUGACGAUGACGAAGGAGGCAGUGCUGGCUCCGAAGAGGUUCUGCCACGCUCUGCCAGUCUAGCGGGUCCCAGCAUAGGCAGGGGAGCUGGCGGUCUGGAUGCUGCAGCAGAAGCAGGUCUGGUCGGCGUUGGAGGCGAAGAGGACAGGAGCGUGCGGGCAUUCUUGGAUCGGGCAGGACUCAUCAUGCGGGAUGGAAGAUGGUUCUCCACACUCGACCAGAGGUACUUGACGCCUCUUUUCACCAAUAGUGUGGCUUCGCGCAAGCAUGAAGAGAGAAGGGCGGCCAGAAGAGCAUCCGCAAAUGCGGCUGCUAUGGCGGCGGCCGACAUGAGCGGAGAGGCGUCUGCGUGGGGAGUUCCCAAAGAAGCGUGGGCACCGCCUGGGGAAAGGGACGCAGAUGCGGCCAGCGAUGAUGCGGCAGGAGCGAGCGACGACGAUGCGGGGGGCGGCGUAAGGAGUCUGGGCCACUCUACGAACAGAUCUGGCAGCGGUAGACUACCGAUCAGGAGAGCAGGCAGCAGGGGCGGAUCGGACGACGAUUUGACCGUCUUCAACUCUAGAUCAGGGUCCGCAGCGUCUACGCCUGUACACUCCGCUGGUGCGCGCAUGUCUGGUGCCUUUGCCCCGAGCAGCGCGGACAAUAGCUCUUCUGCUUGGGCCACGCAUAGACCAUGAGCAUUCAAAAGGUGGCUCUUCACGAAUGCAUUUCUUGAUUGACAUCGUCGUGCUUUAGCGCAACGAGCUAGCUUGCUUGAGGCUGAAACUUGAUCGAAGUUCACGUAGAGGAAAGACGAAUCGUAUACAUUGCCAU